UUCUUAUACAGUCUAUAAAACUCUAGUCUUUCAACACAGGCAUCAAAGAAUUACAUUCCACACUCAGAAGCUAUGGGCACAACCUCUAGUGCUCUUGUAAUGUUAUUUGCUCUUUUUUUCAUUGCAAGACUUGAGUUCAUUUGUAGUAGUACAAAUUCAAAUGUGAGUUGCAUAGCGAGUGAGCGAGAAGCUCUGAUGAAAAUCAAAGGAAAUCUCACAGAUAAAGCAAACCGUUUAUCCUCGUGGGUUGGAAAAGACUGCUGUACGUGGAAGGGAGUUGGCUGUAGCAAUAAAACAGGCCAUGUCGUAAAGCUUGAUCUGCGCAAUCCAAUUCCUGCAAAGUUUGGACACACCACUUACUACGAUGAUCCAAUUUUCAAAAUGAACGAAUUGAGUGGUCAGGUAAGUCCUUCCUUACUCGAUUUGAAUCAUUUGCAUUACCUAGACUUGAGCAUGAACAAUAUGCAAAUUUCUAAUUCCUUAGCUUCUUUGAAAAGCUUGAGAUACCUUGACCUCUCUUCGUCAAUUUCGGAUGAAACGAUUCCUCCUCAUCUGGGAAAUCUUUCAAGGUUGCAGUAUCUCAACCUUAGCUAUAAUUAUUUACCUGGUCCAAUUCCUGAUACACUUGGAAGGUUGACCUCUCUCACAGUCCUUGACCUUUCAAGUAACGACUUCAAUGAUUCAAUGUCGUAUUCUUUGUGUAACCUGAGCAGUCUUGUCCAUAUAGAUCUUAGUUAUAAUAGCCUUAGCGGUGCAAUCCCCCACUGCCUUGGGAAUCUUGCUUCUCUUUCCAUCCUCAGGUUGAAUUACAAUCAACUUCAAGGUCCAAUUCCAAGUGAGAUGGGAAAUAUGACACAACUCACAGAGCUUGACCUCCAUAAUAAUGGGUUUCAAGGUCCAUUUCCAAGGGAGAUGGGAAAUAUGACACAACUUAAAGAGCUUGACCUCUCUCAGAAUCAGUUUGAGGGUCCAAUUCCAAGUGAGAUGGGAAAUAUGACACAACUUACAGAGCUUCACCUCUAUUCGAAUGCAUUUGCAUGUGAAAUACCAAACUCCAUGAGGAACCUCUGCAACUUGCGUGUAUUGGAUUUGUCCGAAAACAUGUUCGCUGGAAAGCUUUCAACUUCUAUUGGAAGUCCAUUUGGUUGCAUCCAUAAUAGUUUGGCAGAUUUGUCUCUUUCUUUCAAUAAGUUGAGUGGUGGUCUGCCAAACCAUUUGGGAGAGUUUAAGAAACUAGAGAGGCUUAUUAUUAGAAUGAAUUCAUUUUAUGGCCCGCUGCCAUCAUCACUCGGAAGACUAUCAUAUUUGAGAGAGUUAGAUACUGGAUACAAUCAAUUGAAUGGGAGCAUUCCAAUUAGUCUUGGACAACUUUCAAAACUAGAAUCUCUAGAUUUGUCAAACAAUUUAUUUGUUGGCACCGUAUUCGAACUUCACUUCGCCAAACUAGAGAGUUUAAAUGAAUUGUACUUGGAUUCAAAUUCAUUAGUUUUGAAUGUGACCUCCCAAUGGGUUCCUCCCUUUCAACUCCAAGACAUACAAUUGUCAUCCAUCAAAGUAGGACCCCAAUUUCCUCAAUGGCUCGAAACACAAAAAAAUGUUAGAGACUUAGGCAUGUCUAAUGCAAGCAUCUCAGUUGUCAUUCCUGAUUGGUUUGAGAGUAUUUAUUGUGGCAUUAAAAGCUUGGAUCUUUCCAACAACCAGAUCAAAGGAAAGCUGCCAAUAUGUCAAAAAUUUAAAUAUAGAUAUAUUGAUAAUAGAUGGUUAGAUUUGAGUUCUAACAGAUUUAAGGGCCCACUAACACCGCUUCCUUCAGAUGUUUAUGUGUUAGAUCUCUCAAAUAACCAUUUGACUGGUGUCAUUCCAGUGUCUUUGUGCAAGGUAAAGAAUAUAGCUUUUAUUGAGUUCUCAAACAAUCAGUUAUCAGGAAGAAUUCCUCCUUGCUUGUGGCAGUUGGAUAACUUGGUCGUGCUAGAUUUGACGAAUAAUAGUCUAUAUGGUGAAAUUCCAAGUUCAUUGGGUUACCCACAACUACAAUCCUUGCACUUGCGUAACAAUAAGUUUUAUGGGAAGCUUCCUUUGUCCUUACAGAAUUCGACCUUUCUUGUCACCAUUGAUCUAGGUGAAAAUGUGUUCAUUGAUAAUAUCCCUCCAUGGAUUGGAUACAACCUAACUGGUCUUAAAUUUCUCAAUCUUCAAUCAAAUAAAUUCUAUGGUGAUAUUCCUCCGCAACUCUGUCAUCUCCAACAUUUGCAAUUGUUGAACUUGGCACAAAAUAACAUAACAGGAAAUAUCCCUCGUUGUUUUGGCGACUUCACUUCCAUGGUUGCACUAGAUCCAACUGACACAGAAGACCUUCAUUAUUAUGAAGAGAACAUUUUGGAUUCAAUGAAAGGAAGAGAACUGGAAUACACCAAGACACUCGAAUUUCUCGUCUCCAUGGACCUUUCGAACAAUGGCAUUGUUGGAGAGGUUCCAGCAGAGUUAAUGGAUCUUUCUGGGUUGCUGAACUUGAAUUUAUCUGGAAAUCAUCUAAAAGGAAGGAUCCCUAAUAAUAUUGGCAAUUUGACACAAUUGGAAUCUCUUGAUUUGUCUCGAAACAAACUUUCUGGCCCCAUUCCUCCAAGUCUGUCCAAUUUAAGCUACCUAAGUCAUUUGAACAUGUCAUUCAAUAAUUUAUCAGGGCGAAUACCAACAGGAAAUCAACUUCAAACUCUCGACAAUCCUUCCAUUUAUAUAGGCAACGAUGGCCUUUGUGGUGCACCACUAAACAGCUGCCUCGAUGAUAAAUCAUCUGAUGGUGAUCACAAACAUGCUGAUGAGAGUAAAGUUGCAGAUGAAACUGAUUUUUUGUGGUUCUACACUGGCAUUGGACCUGGUUUCCUGGUUGGGUUCUUGGGGGUCUGUGGCACUUUGAAUUUCAAGAAGUCUUGGAGGUAUGUAUACUUCCAGUUCAUCGAAAACAACUACAAUUGGAUAUCAAUAAACAUAGCAAUCAAGCUCGCUCAGCUAAGGAGGAUGUUCAACAAAGGCAAAUUUGGAGGAUGAAUUUAUCACCCAAUUGGGUCUUAUAUUCAGCUGGAGAAAGGACCCUCAGAGGAAGCAGCAUUGAGAUCAUGUUAUGGAUUUUCUUGAGUUGUUGGAAAGAAAUAAGUUUGAAUAAUUCUAUAGUUCUAGUAUAUAUGUUGAUGGGGUUUGAUGAUUGUGUCUUUUGUAAAAUAUUCUAAAGUAAGUCUUUCCUUAAAUAAAUGACUUGUGAACUAUCA